AUGUGUGGCAUUUGUUGUGCAGUAAGCUUUUCUGUUGAGCAUUUCAACAAAGAUUUGAAAGAGGAUUUACUGUGUAAUCUUAAACGGCGGGGACCCAAUAGUAGUAAACAGUUGUUAAAGUCUAAUAUUAACUACCAGUGUUUAUUUUCUGGUCAUGUCCUUCACUUAAGAGGUGUGUUGACUGCCCAGCCUGUUGAAGAUGAAAGAGGCAAUGUAUUCCUGUGGAAUGGAGAAGUCUUCAGUGGAAUAAAGGUUGAAGCUGAAGAGAAUGAUACCCAAAUAAUGUUUAAUUAUCUUUCCUCUUGUAAGAAUGAAUCUGAUAUUUUGUCACUCUUCUCAAAAGUCCAGGGUCCUUGGUCUUUUAUAUAUUAUCAAGCAUCUAGUCAUUCUUUGUGGUUUGGUAGGGAUUUUUUUGGUCGUCGUAGCUUGCUUUGGCAUUUUAGUAGUUUGGGCAAGAGUUUCUGCCUCUCUUCAAUUGGUGCCCAAACAUCUGGAGUGGCCAAUCAGUGGCAAGAAGUUCCAGCAUCUGGAAUUUUCAGAAUUGAUCUAAAGUCUACUUCCAUUUCCAAAUCUGUUGUUUUAAAAUUGUAUCCUUGGAAAUAUAACUCUAGGGAGGAUGUUAUCAAAGAAUGUGUUAAUAGCCUAACUCAAAUUUCAGCAGAUUUGCCAGCAUUUGUAUCAGUGGCAGCAAAUGAAGCCAAACUGUAUCUUAAAGUACCUGUUGUCCCUUUAAAUAUGAUUUUGCCACAAGCCACAUUUGAGAUCCAUUGCAGUAGCAUUUCCAGCAUCCCACCGUCAAGAGAGACCCUUCAGGUCUUUCUUACUGAUGGACACAUGAAGAAAGUAGUUCAGCAGUUCAUUGAUGUCCUGAGUAUCGCAGUCAAGAGACGUGUCUUGUGUUUACCUAGGGAUGAAAAACUGACACAAAGUGAAGUUUUGAAUACUAGUAAUAGGAAAGCAAAUGUUGCAAUCCUAUUUUCUGGGGGAAUUGAUUCCAUGGUUAUCGCAGCACUUGCUGACCGUCAUAUUCCUUUAGAUGAACCAAUUGAUCUUCUUAAUGUGGCUUUCAUGACUAAAGAAAAGACUGUACCAGCUGGUUUUAACAAAAAAAGGAGAAAAGAGAAAAAUAAUUGUGAAAAACGCUCUGAAGAAUCCUCUAAAAAUGUCACUGCUGCUGCUGCUGCUAAUCCUGGUGAACAAUUCAACGUACCAGAUCGAAUCACAGGAAGAGCAGGGCUAAAGGAACUACAAGCUGCCAACCCUUCCCGGAUUUGGAAUUUUGUUGAAAUUAAUGUUUCUCUGGAAGAACUGCAAGGAUUAAGACGAACUCGAAUAUCCCACUUAAUUCAGCCCUUGGAUACAGUGUUGGAUGACAGCAUUGGCUGUGCAGUCUGGUUUGCUUCUGGAGGAGUUGGUUGGUUAGUGACCCAAGAUGAAGCAAAACCGUAUCAGAGUAGUGCAAAGGUAGUUCUAACUGGAAUUGGUGCAGAUGAGCAGCUCGCAGGUUAUUCUCGUCAUCGUGUCCGCUUCCAGACACACGGGCUGGAAGGACUGAAUAAGGAAAUCGAGAUGGAACUAGGUCGAAUUUCUUCUAGAAAUCUUGGUCGUGAUGACAGAGUUAUUGGUGAUCAUGGAAAAGAAGCAAGAUUUCCUUUCCUGGAUGAAAAUGUUGUCUCCUUUCUAAAUUCCCUACCGGUUUGGGAAAAGGCAAACUUGACUUUAUCCCGUGGAAUUGGUGAAAAACUAAUUUUGCGUCUCGCAGCAGUGGAACUUGGUCUAACAACCUCUGCUCUUCUGCCGAAACGGGCCAUGCAAUUUGGAUCCAGAAUUGCAAAAAUGGAAAAGAAUAAUGAAAAAGCAUCUGAUAAAUGUGGAAGGCUCCAAGUCAUUUCCUUAGAAAACCUUUCUAUUGAAAAAGAGAUCAAAACGUAAUAUUUCACAGUGUAACAGCAUUUGCUGAAUGAUAAUUUAAAAAAAUACUCUGCUGCUUUAUUAUUGUAUAAUGUGGCUGUAAAAUUCAUUUUGUGAAUUUUUACUUUGUAGCAUAAUACAACCAAUUUAAUCAAAUUGAUACUCCAGAGAAAGAGAUUAUACUUGAAAGAACAACCUGGAUAUUUUAAACUGUGGUGUUAACAUUGUUUUGAACUCUUACAUGGUAAUUUCCCACCAGCAACACUAAAAGAAGGCAGCUUUUAUUGACUCUUCAUGGUAGCUAUAUCCAGAAAUAAAUCAAUUUGUUACUGUUGUUAUUUAAUAGGUAAGAGAACUAAGGUUUAGAGAAGCUAAACAAUUUGCUUGAGGUUCACACUCCUGAGAGACAGGUGGUACAUCUCUUUAGGUAGUGCACUGUCCUGCUCUGAGAACUUCUGAAUACUAUUUUAAAUAUUCUCCUGUCCCACAGAUCUCUAACCUCCCUCUCUUUUCCCCAUUCUCAGCUCACGACCUCAGCUUUUCGCAGAAAAAUCAAAGUCAUCUAGCUAAGAAUUGCUUAGCUUUCCAACACUAAAAGUUCUAACUUACCUGUGUGCACUCAUCCUUUUCUUCCUUCUUGGCUUUAGAAAGAAAUAUAUGCAUCCAUCCAUCAAAAAGGCUGUGCCUCCACCUCUUCUUUGUAUCCCAACCCUUCCUGCCUUUCAGGAACCUUACACUCAUCUCUCUAGUAUCUUCAGCCUCUUCUGUAUAGUAUCCUUUGUAUAAUCAUUUAAAACGUUCUAGUCUGUACCAAUUUAAAAUGCACAUCCCUGGUCCUAAGUCUUCCUGUAUAUACCUUCUCUCGCCUCCCACCCACACUCAUCCUUUCCACCU